UCCCGGUGGGAUGAACUCACUGCCACGUCUGCUGGGUGCGAGAGCUACCGAGCUACGGCGUAGUUCUGCGGCCGGGUUAAACGUGGUAUCGCAGCGUCCACCAUUGCCACCGAAGAUUGAACUGCGUAGCCACAGUUACGACGGUUUGCUGGACGAUUCGGCCAGUAUGCAACGGCGUAAGGUGACAGACGUAGGACAGCCGACAGGGACACAGGUGUCAACCGCAACCGAAGGGAAUGAUCGAGUCGAUGGGCGAGACACGAUCACUAGCCAGCAGGAAGGGGAAGAUGAGCAAAGGAUGAGACAGUCACUGAUUGUGCGGAAAGUGUUUGCAGAGACGAGUGCCAGCUCGGUCGGAACGGAAGCAUCGAUCAAGAGCAAAAAUCGACGAUCACGUAGCAUGGACGAUCUGUUCGAUGACGAUGGACCUGGCGUGGAGUGUAAAUUCCUCGACAACACGCAAAGCAUGGAGACACUGCUGGAACCGGUAUCUCCCAUUUCGACAACCGCACCCGACGAUGCUCCGGAAACACCGCCAGCACGCUCUGGUGGAGGAAACAUCUGUCUGAAUCGACGUUUCGUGCGAGAAGACACAGACGACCAGCAGGACGACCCGGUCGAUGAGUCGCUCGGAUCUCACACCGCAUCACACGAGCAGCUGUGCGAAAAGGAAACGAUCACGGUCGAUAGUACGCCGCGGUUUCACGCGGACGACGGUGAACCGCAGGAUGCGAAAAGGCAACCGGACGAACAGGAAGAUGAUAUCGAAUCGACCCAUUCGUCCGUUACCUCGUCGCACGGUUCAACGGCAUCGGGCGAAAAGGGUACAGGACCAAGGAAAGCACCCAAGCCACUGAUCAAUCGGUACGUGAAGAAGGUGAAAUCGUUCAUGAAGAUGUAGUCCCCGAUUUUACUGCACCGUGGCAUAUGUCCCCGUUACAUCUCGCUCUCGAAUAAGUAAGGUAGUAUUAGUAGCUUUGUACACCCGACUGUUUUUGCGGAAAACCAAUUCGAAUCAGUCACCGUCCAGUGGGCUGCACCGAAGCAAAUGGCCGGACGGUGGCGCUUUCAUUGUGAUCUUUAGGACGAACGUGACGAACUGUUACCGAACAAUGACUAUAAAGAAGAAAAAGAACGACAAAGCAAACUUUCUCCACUUGGUGAUCCACACUUGAUCUUUUGGCUUUUUGCUUUUAAUAAUGUGCUUGAUGUGACGCAAACACACCAAGCACGAUGGUGGUUUUAUGUAGAUUAAUUUAAUUUAAAACACCCACACGCCCAUUUUAAUGGCCGACAAUCAAACAAGAUGAAUGAGAUAGGAUUUUAGUAACCGUUCCAUUAAGUUAGUGUUUCACAGACCGAAAAAGGUUGAAAAAAAGCAUACACACACACACACCCUCACACCAACACGUACAGAUUACAAACUCGCGUACAUAUUACAAGCGUCUAACCUACGAUUUCAAUGUAUUUCUGUUGCCUUAAUUUAAACCUACUGCUAUUACGACUAGCUGUUAUUAUUACUAUAUUACGAUUACUACCACUACUACUACUUACACCAUUGUGAUUAGUUUCGCGCAGCAGUGCAGCGAUGCCGUUGCGCGGAAUGCUGGAACGUUGUAAAAUAUAUUAUUUAGACCUUCUUUAGAGUGUAAGAGGAAGCUUCCCUGGAUGGAUUCGGACGAAAUGGAACGGGCAAACGCCAGGAAGCUUUCCUUACGGCCUACACCAUCAAAGUAUCUAGUGUAGGAACUGCAAUUUGUGUAUCGGCUUACCGAUGUUAAUAGUUCUUUCUGCUCGCGAAAUGUAUGUAAAUAUGCGAAAUCCGUUUUUGUUGUUGUUGUAUUCUCGCAUUAGCACCGCUACUACGGAAAAUUCGACUCGCUUCUUUUUUCCAACAUCAACCAUUAUGACCUCUUAGGAUGAUUUAACGACAGCGGGACAAAAUGGUGAUGCGGCCAUGCAGAAAAAAAAAUCAAGUGCUUUAAAACAAAACUGUGAAACUUCGAUAUAUGUGUGUAACAUGAGAAGAAGUAAGGAAAACAACACGCAAAUUGUAUGCGUUUUUUUUUUUAAAUAAAUAUGUUAAUAAAGCAAAAGUACACUCACAGCUAAAA